AUGGCGACCUCGAAGAUGGACUCGACGACGACACAUGCUGCCCACACGGCCGAGGACACUCCCUGCAACUCCAGGAUCAAACCCACCCGGGCGCCGGACACUGAGCCCAGCAUCCGUGAGCGCUGGAAUAAUGGAGUUGCUGGAGUCAAGGGCUACCCCACAAGCAAUCCAGUCUUCUUUCCCAAAGGACCUCCGCCACCUCCUGGUGCUGAUUUGUUGGCUAUCCUUCAAGGAACUGACUCUGAGGAAUCGGGAGAGGAGCUUCUGGUUGCCUUGGCCAGCACUACGGCUGUUCCCCGAGAAUCCCCUCAGGAGCCUGAUCCAGACUUUGACCUGGACCAACCAGUCGGCGAUGGGGCCUACCAACCUACAUGGAAUGAGCUGGUACUGGCAUGCCUUUCUCCGCCACUCAAAGCUGCCCCCACUCCAGUUCCCCCAGCUGUGGAGGAGACAGACUCCUUGCCUGAACAUCCGGAGUCUGAGCCUGGCACCCCGGCUGCCGAUCCAGUUCUGGAUGAUCCGAUGGGGGGCACGUCUGAUGAAGGCUUCAUGCCACUACUUGACUCGGACCUUCACUCCAUCGACAUUGUCUGCGGAUACCAGUUUGCGCUGCACCAGGAGGCCGACAACAAUAACCUUAUGCAUCGGCACAAGUACUGGGAUCGAUUGGGGCUCCAUGGGCAUGCCUACGAUGCUUCCACCAAGUAUCCGGACUCUGGAGAGUUUGCGGCCCUGCUGGAGGCCCACGGACUCAUUUUGCUCAAUGGCUGGGUUCGCCAACGCCUGCAACCCACCUUUGUAGGCGCCAAGCACAAGUCGGUGAUAGACUUUGUCAUCACUCGCAGGCAACAUGCAGAUUCCCUGGCCAGGCGGGCUAAACCCUGCCCGGAGCACAACUUCAGUCCAUGGCGUAUGGGGGGCAGGCACUAUGCUGUGGUCACCAGCCUCCCUCUGCAUCCAGGUUGGACCCGUCAGUCUUCUCGGUCUCCUCUGCCUCAGCUCAAGUACAAUAAGCAAGAACUUGAUCAAGAGGCUCGCGAGGGUGGACCACGGAUGCUCCAACUUCGACACAAUCUUCAGAAGUAUAUUGCUCAGCAUGAGGCUCCCACACUGGAGCAAGUAAAUGAUUUCCUGCUGCAACAGGUCAUCACUGCUUUUCCGCACAAGUCUGCAUCGCCAGCUCCCCGGGCGUGGCAAACACAACUGGUGCAGGGCUCAGUCACUGCCAUGUGGCAGGCUCGAGCUAGACUCCGACAAGUCCAGCAGCGACACUGCCGGGCACUCCGAGCAUGCAUGGAGGCCUUCAAACGACAUCGCGAGUUUAUGAAGGCAUAUAAGCAGCUGAAGCUCAACGGUCGCCAGGCUCGGAAGACUUUACUCAACAGGGAGCUCCAGAAUGCUGCAGAGGCAGCUCACAGGCUUAGAGAUGCUGACGAGCACCGCACCAUUGUCCGGCACUUUGAAGAACUCUUCCAGUCCCGUACGGUGGCCAUCUCGUUUCCUACUACACCUGCUGUGCCCCCACAGGUGGCUGUCAAGGAUGUGGCUCUUGCUCUUCGCUCCACACAGUAUGGCAAGGCGGUGCCUGAGACUUCCGCACCCUCCAGUGUCGUGAAGUACUGUGCAGAUGACUUGGCCCAGGGAUGUACACUGGCUCCUCUCCUCUGGCUGGUCUUUAGUGCUUACAUGACAUCUCGGAUUGCUCUUCAACUUCCAGCAGAGUGGGUACAAGAACAUUUGACCCUGUAUGCGGAUGACACCCAUGCCAGCUUUGACACUGACAGCAUUGCAGAUAUCAAAUUUGCAUUUCGCGCCAUUCAAAUUAUCUUCGAGGUCUAUAAGAGCCAUGGCAUGAAAGUCAAUCCAAACAAGUCUGGUAUAGUGCUGGGCGUCCGAGGGCAUGCUGCUAGGGAGUUCCUGCAACAACACAUUCAAGGUAAGGAUGAAGACAGUUGCCUGGUUUUGGGUAUCGGCCCUUCCACCUUGAAGAUACCUAUCAAGAAGUCCAUGCUGUAUCUUGGAGUAUGCGUGUCAUAUGGGAAUUUCGAGCUUGAAACACUGGAGCAUCGCCUGAAAGCUGCCCAAGCGACCAGAUGCCGCUUAGCCAAAGUUUUGAGUGCUCGUAAAUACCUUACGCUGGCACAAAGACUGCACCUCUACGUCCUCUGUGUAAGGUCGGCGGCCCUCUAUGGUUUAGGCCCGGUAGGCUUUACCUCGGCUAGUCUUCGCAAGUUGCAGAUUUUCGAAACUAAGCACAUCAGGGCUAUAGCUCGAUCGCCUGUACAUCUUAGCAGAGAAUCCACGACCGCCCUGUAUGCCAGACUUCAGCUGAAGCCAGCUGCUCAGCAGCUGCUAAAGAUCUUGAAGGGGCUCCCAGUGUACAAGAAGUUGCUUGCCCUACCUGUGGUCAAUACUUCGGCACGCUUAAAGAUAUGCGAGUUCAUCAUGCCACCACCCACCAGCGGCCCCUACAACCUAGACCCACAGGACCUGCACUGCAAACAGAAACUGCAUAACUGGCACAACUUUCGCUUGCACAUAGUGGCUAGUUGUCCUGUUCUGCACGCUGGUUUGUCUGGCAAUUCUUCCGAGCUUGCUUUGCGGGACACUGCGGAGCUCGAGACAUCAGUGCCUGCUUUGCAGUCCGCUGCGGGGCCUGAGCUUCCUGUAGAGAUGGAGACAUUUGUUCCCAUUGCUGAACGUGCAGAUUUUCUGAGACUCAUUGACACCAGCGAGUGGAAGCAUGCACUUUGGCUUGAAGGGGUUCGUGAGCAGCUUCGCAAUCACUGCAUUUUGUGUGCUCAGUGGGUCUCCUCUGCACCUGGGGCUCUCAACAAGCAUAUGUUUUCCUUGCAUCCAGAGAUUGUGCGAUACAAACCAGACGCAGUGGCUCACAGCUUGACGCUGCGGGACGGGCAACAACGCCCUUGUGGUGCCUGUGGAGCACGGUCCUUUCAGCCUCUUCACUGCCUCCUGGUCGCCAUGGACACCCAGAGUGGAGCCGAAGCCCUGGCACAAGUUCAGAAUAUGUUCCCUCACCUGGCACCGUCGACUACAGCAGGAGAUGCCCCGAUGGACAGUGCACCACUGACAGGUCGGAGAGAGAGGGAGGAGGACAAGGCCGAAGCUCCAACGGAGCCCCAGGACAAGUAUCGGCGUCCAGCGGGCAAAGGUCAGAACCUUUGUACGGGAAAGAGCCCACCUCGGGAAACCACCCAGGAGCCUGCCUCGGCCUCAGCUGGACAAACCAAGCAGGGGCGAACUCGCCAAUGGUCGGACCAGGAAUGGGCGGACUGGCAGGCUCAGACCACCCAAGCCGGGUGGAACAAGAACAAGACCACCAAGGAGCUGCAAAAGGAGCUGGAAGCUCUGAAGGAGGAUGUUCGCCUUCUGUCUCGCAUAGCCAUGCGACACGAGGACGAACUGAGCCAGCGUCGGACGGAGACCGACUUUAUCCUGACCCUGGAGGUUGCAGAUCCCAAGGCUACCCAGGCGCAGGAGGGCAUCUUGGAGCAACUCUACAAACAGGAGGAGGGCAAGGCCAACAGCUCCUUACGGCUUACUUUGUUCAUAGGCCUGCUGCUGUACUACGAGAUCAAGGUCCAGGAAGCGACGGCCUCGGCGGAGUCAGUGGAGAACCUCGCCCAACAAGGCCUGCUGAUUCAGGUAGAGGGCAAUCCGGCCUGGACCUACCGACAAUGGGAUCACCAGCAGGCCCUGAUUCGGUCCGAUCAGCCUCCUCUCCUGGACACGGAGCUCCGAGGCCACCUGCAGAGAGGUAGCCUGCAUGCCUGGAGACAGCUUCAAGAGCUUCUCAUGCCGGAUGCAAGCAAGGAGCUGGACUCUGCUCGAGCAGCCAAGUACCGCAGCGCCGUUGGGAUAGGCAUGUAUGUGUCACAGGAUCGGAGUGACAUUGCUUUCACGGUGAGGGUGUUAGCCCAGAACCUUAAAGCACCGACCGAGCGCGGCUGGCAGUUUGCGCAACGCCUUGCAGGGUAUCUUGUUGGAACGGCCGGCUACGCAAGCAAGGUGCAUGCCAAGGGCGAUCGAGCAAGCAUUCUUGAGCCACCUGAUGCCGAGGAGUGUCUUGAUGGCGUUCGGCUAGAGGUGUUCUGUGAUGCAGACUGGAGCGGCAACAAGCAGACUCGCCGGUCGAUGAGCAGCAGCUCGUUCUUUUUGAACAGCUGCUGCGUCUAUACUUCCUGUAAGAGCCAACGCUGCGUAAGCCUCAGUAGUGCGGAAAGCGAAUUUUACGCCCUGGUAUCCGCGGCGUGCGACGGCGUCUACCUGAAAAGAGUUCUUGAAUACCUGCUUGAACUACCGGUAGAUCUUUUGAUGAGGACUGAUAACAGCUCCUGUCGCCAGAUAUCUUUGAAGCAGGGUGUAUCAAAGAUCAGGCAUCUUGAUGGAAGGUUUCUCUGGAUACAGGAGAAGACAGCCGAUCGCACACUCCGCGUGCAGCCGGUCGAUGGGAGGAGGAACCCAUCGGAUCUGGGAACCAAGGUGCCGUGCUCAGGAUCCCGCCUACGUGCUUUGUUGUGCAUGCAUGACUUUGUGUGCUGUGCGGGUGACUGCAUAGAGGAGGUAGGCCGUGCAGAGCAUGAUGCGUUGUUGGAGCAGUUGCAGCGCGAGCGUGAAACACAGAGGGUUCGCAGACUUGUGUGUAAGACGCUGAAGAGCAACGGGAUGCAGAGCUUCAGCACUGCAAUGAUGGUGAUGAUGCUGUCGCUUGUGCAAGGUGCCGAGAGCAGUGGUACCAGGCGUGAAGUCGGUGUGCAAACCGAUGAUGAUGCACGGUGGGCGCAGUCGCUGGCCGUCUUGGUGAUUUGCACAUGUGCUAUCCUUCUUGCCUUGAAAUCUUUGAGCCUUGGGCGGCUAUGGACCACAGAGGGCAAUGAAGAUGACAUCACCUUGAACGUGAGCAAUGCCAGCACCUCCACCGAGGAAGUGUACGAGCAGGGAACCGACGGUUGGUGGAAUUGGGUUCCAUUGACUUUCACCUGCAGCCUUUCAGCGUUCUGCCUGGCAAUCAUGAUGUGCCUGCGACGGGUGCGAGCCGCACUGCAUGCCGCUGAGCAGGAGAACGAGCGCUUGAGCAGAUUGAUCGCUGAAAUGAACUACGACCGUAUCGCUUGGGGAGAAUACCACGAGGCGAAAGAUCGAACAAGAGAGAGAACGCUGCCAAUGCCAGAGCCGAACCGUGCUAUCUUCAUAGAUGGCGAUGCCGCACGCGGUUCCAACGAUGUGAUCCAGCAUGUGCCUGAGUUGCAUGUUUAUUGCACUUUGAGACGAGGCAAGUCGUACCACAAAAGCAGGAAUUGCACUUGUCUGAACAAUGCUGAUGAGAUCGUGAAGCUUGGAAUCGCCACAGCCCGUGAGCGCGGUUACAAGCCGUGCGGAAGUUGCUUUGGUGGCAGCAAGAAACAAAAGUGA